AUGCUCCCUGCUCUGUGGUCUGGAGAGGAGACUGUGGCAGGCCAGAGGAGAGCAGCAGAAAGGGAGCAGCCUGGCUGGCUGUCACUGGGAGAGUGGGGCCAACCUACCAUGCUCUCUGGGAGCCGUGUGGGGAGGGGUUUCACUAAGACAUGCCCCCGCACUGUUCCACUGCAGGCCUGUUCUGUCCGCCCCCGGAAACCUAAAACUACAAUCCGGGAUAAUCUCCUUGAUGUCUGACUAAUACAGUGGAAAUCAAAAAUGAGCCUUAUAUACUACCUCCUGUGGUGUGCUUUCCUUGGCGUGUUCUUAAAACGAAUGACCCCACCUGCUAGUUCACUGAUACUUACAUCACGAUCACCAUUCUCUCAGUAGAUUAACAUUUGCUCAGGCUGAAUAAAAACAUGUUUGUGUGCCAUGUGCUUUAUAGAAAGCUUUGAAGGUUACUACAGACAAUGAGCUUGUUGAGUAAGUGGGUAGAUGGAUGCUGUGUUCUCUCUAUUGUUUUCUAUUCUGUACUAAGAAGGAUUUGCAGUAUGUGUCAUACAAGAAAUGGUGUAGGUAAUUACGAAAGAUUAUAAAUCACAUUUCAAACAUUAUUUUGUAAAUAUUAGAAGAAAAUAAACAAAUCACCCAAUUGUUAAUACUAUUAGUUGCUUUAUCUAUUUCAAAGCAGAUAAAGCACUGCUCCUGGUGGACUCAGUAAAUUGAUUUUAGAAAUUAAGUAUAAACCAGAUUAAACACACAUUCAUGGUAAUGCUAAUCCUUUUCCUGCUCAGGGGGCAGUUUACAUUGUUCAGCACUUUGUGCUUUGAAAGUAGAUUUGUAUUCAGUGCCCUACACUUCCUCCCACCCCACUAGAGUGUAUCUGCAGGGAGCAGUGCUGUCUGGAUAGAGAAUAGGUUUUAUACAUUUACAUUUUAGUCAUUUAGCAGACGCUCUUAUCCAGAGCGACUUAGUGAGGCUACAUUAUAUAUUUUUCAUACCCGUGGGAAUCGAACCUACAACCCUGCGUUGCAACACCAUGCUACUCACUGACUCAUCCUGCUGGCCAUUCCCUCCCCUACCCUGACACGCUGGGCCAAUUGUGCGCCACCCCUGGUCUCGCGUCAUGGCGGCUACGACGAGCCUGGAUUCGACCAGGAUCUCUUGUGACAGCUAGCACUGCGAUGCAGUGCCUUAGACCACUGCGCCACUCGGGAGUUUGCUGGUUAUACCUCCUUAACCACUUUCACAGCGCUCUGUGGCUGACUGAGAGACUGACUGAGUAAAAGAGAGCAGCGCAUACCCCAUGAUGCAUGUAGUUGCUGAGUAAAUACUUAAUUCUGGCAGUGAUGUUCACUGUGCACUGUGCCAGGGUCUGUGUGUGUGUGUUUAUGAGGAGACUGUAGAGCUUUUUACUAUUGUUGCCUCCCUGGGAUCUAGCUCUAGGUGUUGUGGUCUUGAUGGGGGGGUGGGUGUAGAGCUAGGUCUGCUGGGUUAUGUUUAGCUUUAAGGCUGACAACAUGUGAACGUGCCUCCUGAGGUCAACCUCUGUACUGUGGCCAGCCAUGAUUGCAUUAAUAGCAGUGACACAUAUCCUGUUUGACACUAAACAGAACUGUGCAGAUUUGUCUGUAGAUCUGCUUUGCCAGAGGUUUAAGGAAGGCAGAUUGUAGCCUACAACCGCUACUAGCUACUACUAUGCACGUUUAUCGGAUGUAAUUGAUCAAUUAAUCUUUUUUUAACGGAUAUGCUUGUGUAUGCUUUUAGAGGCCUUAUGAUAAUUUACUAACCACCCUCUUGUUCAACCUCUUUGUCUCCACUCCUAUCUAAAAUACAAAAAAGAAGCUGCCUUGUGUUUAACGCUCCCCAGCUAAUUGAUAUUAAUGACUACCAUUAAUGUACAACUGCAUAGUAAAUAUCCCAGGAUCCCAGAUCCUUUACAGUUCUCCUGUUGUCGACUACCAUGAUGCCAUCCCAAGGUAGCUCUGACUUUAACCCCAGCUUCAGGCUCUUGUGAGAGGAAGAUGAAACUGAUGGGAUGACCACCAUUUUAUUUACUCUCUGUAAGAAAUGUCUACCAUUUGACUAUUGUCAAGCAAUAAUUUCAUAAUGUAACUAAUAAUGUAAUGUGAUAAUGUCAAGUAACAAUGUAACAGAGUAGAUAUAGAUAUCGAUACCGUAUGAAAGCACCACAAUAUAGUGCAACUGAGGUGGCCUGACCUGCGUUUUUAAAUCACACUCGUACUUACUGUAAUAUGCAUUCGUCACUCUGCCUCUGUGAAGAGUGUUGUCUUGGCAGCGGUGGGUUUGACAGUUAGGGAAAUUGACUAUCACUUUAACUGUAACAGGGGUGAUAAUGAAAGGCACAGGGAAAGGGCAUAAGGGUUGUGUGGAGGAGGUACGUGAUGUCACGCACAGUCAGGCUAGGACAGGAUCACUGCUCUUCCUUUCCUGUCACACUCAAUGUCUCAUCCUCAAUAUCAAGUGUCAUCAUCUUUCACUCGCUCAUGUUCUCAGUAUUUUGCACACAAUCUCUGUCAGUUUGUUGAAAUGUGCUCUCGUUUUAGUGAAAGAGUGUGAAAAUUUGACCUUGCCUUCAUUAGACAGCUGUGGCGUGAAAAUAAUCUCCAAAACAAUACAGCUCUACCUCACACUUGGUACUUUCUAAUUGACUGUGUGUGUGCGUAACUGCGUAUGUGUGUGUGUCUGUUGUGUAUUUGUGUGUGUAUGUGUGCUGAUAGGAUCUUUUGAGCAGUGAAUAAUUGUAGCUGACGCAUUGCAUCCUCUGGUGUUUAUUACUUCCUCACUAAUCUUUGUUAAGAAACAAAAGGACAGAAGUAUCCCUCUAACUCAUGGUUUCUCAACCCUCUCCUCAGGGCCCCACCAGACGUUUUACAUUUUAGUUUUAACCCUAAACUGGCACACCUGAUUCAAUUAGUCAAAGGCUUGAUGAUUAGUUGACUAAUUUAAUCAGGUGUGCCAGUUUAGGGUUAAAACAAAAAUGUGAAAUGUCUGGUGGGGCCCUGAGGAGAGGGUUGGGAAACCCUGCGUCUAACUGAGAAAGGCAAGAGGAGUCUACUGCAGGGGUAGGCAGUUCCGCAGGCACCUGGAGUUCCGCAGGCACCUGGAGUUCCGCAGGCACCUGGAGUUCCGCAGGCACUUCAUGUUUUUGAUUGAACCGACCUGGAAGACCAGGUAGGUUGAAUUUAGGCAAUCACUGAACUGAUCAAUUAGCUCAGUUGGUCAGGUGUGGUGACUAGUUGGAACAAAAUCCUGCAGUACCUGCAGCACUCCAGGAACAGGGUUGCCUACCCCUACCCCUGCUACUGUGUGUGGACAGAUAGCCCAAUGUAAUCUGUAGUUCUUUGUAUGUGUGUGUUUGUGUGCGUGUGUGUGUGCGUGCGUGCAUGUCCAAGCAUGCCAGGAUGUGUUACAAGUACACACACUGGCUGCAGUAGGGAGGCUUUGUAUGUGUCAUAUGGAUCUGCCCAGAUGGAGCGAGAGGAGAGGAGAGUUGUAACGUGUUAAUGUGUGUCUGUGAUGGGUUUAGUUCUAGCUCAGAGAGAUAGCGAGAGAGAAUGGAGGGAGAGAGAGGGAGAGGGAGGACUGUGAGGCAAGAGGUAGUGUGAGAGGAAUUUCAAUCAAGGGCUCAACAUGCUGUUUAAAUACCAUCAGCACAAAAGGGGAGGGGAGACUGUCAGGGGGAUAAAUCCUCACACCUGAGAGGCUGAGAGGAGGCAGGCUGGACGGAGGCAGGCAGGCUGGACGGAGGCAGGCAGCCCCAACCCCACCAGACCUCCCUCCACAUGGCUGGGAAGCGCCAGAUGUGCCGCUCACAUUUCAUCCUGUUUCAGAGGAAGAUAAACAUUUAAAUAUAAAAAUGAGAAAGAGAUUAUGGAGGGAGAGGAAAGCCAGAGUCAGCAGGUCUUAAGCCAAUGGCGAUAGCAGAAUGCCAAUACACAGGAUCCGACUUUUAUGGCGAAAGAGAAAUCUUAGGGAAUAUUGAUGAUUAAUACUGGAUGCCAUCAUUUAUAAGUCUGUUUAUCUUGAGAAAGUCAAGUUUCUAUUUUUUAUUGUCACGUGCACAAGUACAGUGAAAUGCCUUUCUUGCUUUCUCUUUCCCAACAAUGCAGUAAUUAAUAUCAUUAGUACUAUAAAAAAAAGGAAGUAGAACAAAAAAAACUAAGAAGAAUGUAACUAAGCUAUAUACCAGGUCAGUUCCAGGGUCAGUGUCAAUAUAAUAUGUAUAACUCUAAGGUAAAUCAAGUGUUUGCACUUUUGGACUAUUCCAUUGGUUUUCCUUUGUACCGGGCAAAUUAAAUAAAGCUCAGGUUAGUCAUUUAAAGUAUACUGAACAAAAAUAUAAACGCAACAUGUAAAGUGUUGGUCCCAUGUUUCAUGAGCUGAAAUAGAACAUCCCAGAAAUGUUUCAUACGCACAAAAAGCUUAUUUCUCUCUGUGCACAGACUUGUUUACAUCCCUGUUAGUGAGCAUUUAUCCUUUGCCAAGAUAAUCCAUCCAACGGACAGGUGUGGCAUAUCAAGAAGCUGAUUAAACAGCAUGAUCAUUACACAGAUGCACAUUGUGCUGGGGACAAUAAAAGGCCACUGUAAAAUGUAUAUAUUUUUGUUCAGUAUAUAUAUCAUAUGUACAGUAUUUGGCCCAGAUCUGCUAUACAUGGUUUCCAUGCUACAUCAUGACAUGAGGAGGAGUAGUGGGUCUGAACGGAGAUGCCCCUUCAUUCCAUCUGUUAUAUCCCUCCCCCGAGAUGAGAUAGGAAAUAGAGAAGCUUGUGUUUUUAUAAAGUCAACCUCAUCUGUGAGUCACUGCUUCCCCUUCCCUUUGUAUGCCAUUUGAAAUGACUGCAUUCUGUCCUCAUUGACAGGGGGAUGGCCAUUGAAGGCUGUGUGAUGUAGUGCCAUUUACCCUUGCCUGUCACUCACACAGUAGAGAUCCCAGUGAGUGAUCGAAGUGUCGUAGGGGACUCAUGACAAAGAGGUCUGACAAUGUCACCUAAUAAAUAACAGAAUAACGGCAAUGCAGAUGAAGCAAGGACUUUUUAAAACAUGCGCUAUGGGUUUUGACACCCCCUGAGGAAAGCUAGCAGAGGAAACAGCUGAUGCUGUGAAGCCAGAGACUGAAGACCAUUUAGCAGAGCAUUGGUUCAGAUUUUUCCCCUGCAGGCAGCCUUUGGACUUUCCACCAUGUAUAAUUUGUGAACUACAGACCCUCCCAGAGAAAGUGAGAGGCAGGCCAGUUAUAGGGCGCCCUGCUGUGAGUGCUGAGUGAGCGCAUCUUGAGCACUGGGCCUUUGAUUAGCCAACCACUGCUUUGCGCCCUAUGUUCAGCAGCCAAGUCAGCACUUCAGCAGACAAACAGGGCUUUCUGCAAGGCCUCCGAACACCCCAACAAGCAUCUGGAGUUGACUCACUUGUGGUUAAAAUCUAUAACUGGAAAGGAAUUGUUGCUAUGGUCUCUCAACAAAUUAUUUUAAGAAAGUAUAUCAGACUGAUUGUGAGUAAUAUUUUGCUAUAUGUUAUUGUCCAUUCCUGUUUUGGUUUUUGAGAGAUUCCGGUCUUUUGACUUCUUAUUUAUUUAUAAUUAAUAAUUUAAGCCUUGACUACAUUUUCUGUACAUACAACUGAUAAACAGUGUACCCCCAUCAAAUAAUUAAACACUUUGAUUUCGCUCUUCAGAGGCUGUAAGACACCGUUCAGUAACACCUGUGACCAUAUUGUGCCCUCUGGAGGUCAUCUUUGCCUGUGCAGGUUUCUUACCAUAUCCUACUGGGCUGUGCUGUGUUCUCUCUCAACAAAAAGCAUUCCAUCACUAGGGAGACCCCAAAAGGAAAUGUAGCUGGCUGAACUACCAUAUGCCCAAGGACUUCUGCAUAAUGAAACUUAUCCUGCUGUGAAAAUGGUCUCUGAAAAGCUGUCAGCUUAGUCUAGCUAUUACUGAGCAUCAGAGAACACUGAAUGGUUAUGCUAAAAUUACCUAAGGACAGUAGUUCACAUACUGUAGCUGUAUGUGGUGUAAGAGAUGUGGAAAAUUUGAGGAUGAUACAAGAUGUCUUGCAUUAGCCCAAGAUGUCCCAAGACCUUAGCGGCUGAUAGCUGUUGUCUGAGAAGGACAACUGUCAGAAUCAUAAGGGUAGUCUCUGAUGAAACCUGUCUCACCAUGGCAGCUGUCCUGCUUUGUGCGUGUGCGUGCACAUUUGUUUAUUUGUGUGUGUGUGUGCGUGCAUGGCAUAGAAAGUUAUUUGUCCAUCAACUCAAUGUAGCUGAUGGCAAUAACAGCAGAGAAAGCGCCCAAUUGAAUGUGCCCAAUUCUUCUUUGUGGAGCACUAAAGGGCAGCUCAUGCAUAUGCAUCAAUGACCUUGCCAAAUCAAAGCUAAAGCAUUACACUGACUUUAAAAAAGAAUGCAAUUAAUGUAGAGUCCUUUACACGAUCAUCUAAUUAGAAUUCUCAUAAUAAGCGGACUGUAAAAGGCUGGUUUAAAACGAAAUCAUUAGUUAAACACAAAGUAUAAGAGCAAUCACUGCAUCAGUCCUCAAGGCUUAACAGGAGUGCACUGAGCAGAUUAUGAAAUUCCAAUGUUGACCCUUUAGUGCUUAUUAGUAGUGUUGCAUGGUAUACUGAAACGUCUGUACUUUUUCGAUACUAUAACAUGAAAAAUUGUUCGGUACUAGAAUUUGUGUUAUUUUCGGUACUUCUGUCAAAUGUGUCACGAAUCAAGCCUGUCUAUCACCCUGCCUGCUCCACUUACUCACUGCUAGCCUGCACUGGGAGUCUGGGCUGCCUCAUGUUAGCUCCCACUCAUGCUGCACAGAAGUUAACACACUUGAAUAAUGCGACACGGCAUGUAGAAAUGUUGCAACUGUUAAUUACUUUUUGCCAAACAGGCUAGUCCAUUACAGGCUAGAACACUUUAAAAUGGAAGAAGAUACUGGUAGCUUCCAGCUUUGUAAGCAAAAUGUCCUUGCUAGCUGACAGCUAAAGCUAACAUCAAUUCACUACCCUAGUACUUUGUUUGUGAUAAUAUGCAACCAUGAGGCAAAAUAUGCAGAUUUUCCAAGCUGAUUGCCACCAAAAACAUUAUUCAUUCACUUAUUUGGUCUCUCGCUCACAUCUCUCCCAAAGAUGAUCUAUAGAGAGCAUUAGUAAUGGCGUCUUUUUGUAGGCACUAACUCCGCCAUGGUCCGUUGGACAAAGCCUAUGGGGAAAAUGAAUGCCGUUUUUAGGGGGAUUUUGGAUAAAAUCCGAAAAUAAGGUCUGUGGUAAACGCAGGCUUAGGAGAUCUUAUACGUUUUGUUCUAUGAGAUAAUCUUCAUCAGCUAACGUCACUUUUUGUGAAUUUUGAAGAAUUUAUGUAAUAAAGCACAUAAAACAUAAAGGCUUCAUAAUUCAUAAAGGUCAUGUUAACUGACUGCUAUUAUCUCCAAUGGAAGGGAAACAGAUUUUUUGUCAUCUGUAGCCCCAUGAAAUCAGUCAAAACACAUGGAUGUCUCAGAAUUUUUUUUAUGUACAAAAUAUUAUAUGCAAAUGUAAUGAUAUUGAACUCAAAAGAUGCCCAACGAUUGAACAGAGCAGUAGCUGAGUUUAUCUGUCUGGUUCAAUGCCAUUCUUUGACUGGCUAAUAUACCGUCUUUAUUUGCCAUUGUAUCGUUUUGGUAUCGAGUAUCGUGAUGGCUUUGAGUAUUGUGAUACUAAACCUGGUAUCGGUAUUGAAGUCAAAAUUCUGGUAUUGUGACAACAGUACUUAUUAGUCCUUCAUACACAUUUCUCUAUCUUUGAAUAAUUUUUGGAAAGCUGCAGUGCCUGUAGAAGUUAAAUAGGCCUGAUGCAGAGGAGAUAAGGAUAAGGGAAUGUGAGCAGCAUCACCUUGUAGAGCUGACAGUACCCUCACCUCAAGCCCAAUGAAAGAUGAAAUUAGAGGUGUGCAGUGGUGGGAUUAUAGAUCAGAGGGUGGGUGUACUGCAUGGAUGGAAGGGGGAAGUCACUGGCUAGUACUGAUACAUCCACAUUUGUUCAACUAACACACAAACACAUCAGUCAUUCACAACAGCACUUCUAAAAACCUCAUGCUUAUUGCUCUUCCCUGGAGCUGUGUAUUUCAUGAGGUUGGCCUUUUGUUCAGACACGCCUGUGUUUGGUUAUUAAUUGAUGAGGUUCUCAUGUGGUCUCCGAGAGUGUUUGUGCAUGCAUGUCAGAUCUAUUUCCAAAUAGGCUGUUCCAUACUACUGCAUGAUUUGAUAAAAAAAUAUAUUCGAUUUCAAUCAAUAGAAAGAAACAUAAAGGUUGUUUUCCUAUGGGGGAUCAAAUUAAGUUUAAAUGGUAUUACAGUGAAAUGCUUACUUGCAAGCUCUUUCCUCAACAGUGCAGUAUCAAUAUAACAAUUGUCAAUGCCAGUAAUAAAUAUAUAAAAAAGAGCAUGAUCAAUACUGUACUAAGUCAGAUAAAAGGUAAGAAAGAAAUACAUUAUUGGGAUUUAUAUUUAUUCAUUAAUGGUUAUAUUUUCAUUGUAAAGCUACAGUUUCGUGUUUUUGCUUGCUCUGACAGAAUGUACGUAGACAGUCAGUUACCCCUUGGUUCAGAUGCAACGCUCUCCAAGAAGUUUGGCUCAGCCUGCCCAUGGCUUCUGAGAGGGCAUUGGCUCACUUUUCACUGCAGUGAGUGUGAGUGAAUGGACAGAGGUGAACUAGAGCGGUCAGACUGUUCCGUCUUAUCAGACGCAGGCAGCAGAGAGGGGGAGCGCUUUCACUGUAUACGUCAAUAGAGUGAAUGUGAGGGGAGAAUGAACUGCGUCUCAUUGUGCUGCCUUCAUCAUGCGUGUCCUCUCCUAUCUCCUGGCUGGCCCGCGAGAGGCAGUGGCAAUGCCAGAGGCAAUGCAAACUAGUCUGAAGCCAGGCCAAUUGGCAACUGGAAACUGUUUGUGGAUGUGUGUUUAUGCAUGUGUGUUAAUCUGAGUGAGUGAGUGUGUGUGUGUGCAUGGUUCAGCAAUUAGCUCUCUAGACAUAAAGGAAAGCAGGAAAUAAUUAUAAACCGUAAAGCGUUCUAUGAGCCUACCAGAAAAGGAUUGAUGCUCACUGUGUAGGUAAGAUUGCAGACCAUUGAGAAUGUUUGCAACUCUCUGAGACUUGCUGUGUCAGAACCAGUAUAAACCUGUUGUUGGGGGAUGGCACAGAUGAUUUGCCUAGAAGCAGGCUGCUCAUGACUGGAGUAAGUGUCCUACGUGCCGUAGCCAGAGGGAAUCUGGGACACCUGCCACUUUGCUUGCUGUCAAACUGGAAGCAUGUUGGGGUGAGCCUUGUGUGUCUUUGUCACAGUGUGUGUAGAACAGUUUCAGGCUGUAUUUUAUUGGACCAAAUCCAAAACUGAAUUUCAGCACUGAUUGUGCAGGAGGCUAAAAUGAUUGUUCAUCCUCAUUGGCUUUCUGUUCAUGUUUAGCUGUAGUAGUUGGUUUGUGGUUAAUAUAUAAACAUAUAAUACUAAAUCUGUGCCUUUUUGCCAUAACAAAGGGAUAGCUAGACGUCUCCAGGACACUUCCUGGUAUUCCCCAGUGAGGGCUACUCUAACAGGAUUUAGGCCUACAUGCGUGUGAAAAGAAUCCUCAUGUAAUUUUAAUAAGGUCUAGUCAGACUAAAAAUGUGGAAACAUGGAACAUAGUUUUUUGUUCAAAAAUCUACUGGAUAAUGUACACAGUUUGGAUUACACCAUUGCUUUAGUUCAGUGCGCGAUGUGGCCAUUUUUUUGUAAUCUGAUGUUUAAUUUCGGUGUGAAUUUAACCUGAGGCAGAUACUGUUCUCUUCGGUGUGAAUUUAACCUGAGGCAGAUGCUGUUCUCUUCAGUGUGAAUUUAACUUGAGGCAGAUGCUGUUCCUCUCUCUUCUCACCCUUUCUGUUCCCAUUUACCUCACCACUUCCCUCUGCCUUAAGCAGAAAGCAUUUCUAUUACGUUUAGGCAAACAGUGCCUUUAUUGCCGUUGGAGAUAAAAAAAAAAAUUAUGACUAAGUCAGCAACAGAGGGAAUUGGGUUUGUAUGAGGAAAAUAAUAACAUUUGUCAAGGACAGUUGCUUGUCUUUUUUACUUUGUUUUUUAGUGCUUUUGAUAUUCUGGUACUGGACAGUUUUGUUUGAGUCAUCAUUAUGUAUGUACCUCUCUAGCACAGCACAGUCCACAUGAAAACUCUGAAUUCCUUCUGUCGACUUAAAUCUGUCUGUCUCCUCCUCUGUCUUGCAGAAGAAGGUGGUGGAGCAGCUGAGGAAAGAGCUGCUGGUGAAACAGGAUCAUCCAGAGGUCCAGGCCCACCAGCAGCCCCAGCACCCAGUGCAGCCUGAUGGGAAGGCCUCUGCCCUGCCUAACCUCCACACCCCACCCUCCCUACCCUCGCCUGACAAACUGAGCACACCACAGGUACUUGCUCACACACACACACACACACACACACACACACACACACACACACACACACACACACACACACACACACACACACACACACACACACACACACACUCUGCUGUAAUAGUAAUCUGUUGCUAUGUGUUGUUGAGGGUAGCCCCAUAUUCAACUCAGCUUCUCUCUCCUGGACAGAACACGAUGACGAUCACCCCGAUCAUCGCCACUAAGACUCUACCUCUGGUACUGAAAGCUGCCACCGCUACCAUGCCUGCUUCCGCCGUGACGCUGCGACCCUCCGUCGCCAAGGUCACAGCCAUCAGCAACACGCCCAAGGCCAGCAUAGGUCACCCUGACUCACUGAGUGCACCUAUCAACCUUCAGACAUCCAGCAAGUUGACCAAUCAGGGAGUGGAGCCGGUUCGGAUAGUCUCCAAGAACACUAUAGUUGUAAGUAUACUGUAUGUACCACAUGUCAUUCACUCAGCCUCAUUGUCUGCACAUACAAUACAUUUACACUGAACUGUCCCUGAAGUCCUGAUUGUGUUAAUAGUAUAUUUCUGAUUUGUAAACCAAACAUUUGAAAUCACAGGGCACAGAUGGGGUUGCUGUCUCCUUUAGAUAAGGAUGAUGUGUCGCCAUUUUCUGUGUCGUUGCAGGAGUGUUUGUAAAUGCAGAUUUCAUAAAGAAUGAGUCGGAUCUGGGAUCUAUUUUUCUUCACUGUGUGAAUUGUACGUGUGAGUGUGCGUUUAUGAGUGUGUUCUCAUGGUCUAUCUUGUUGAGACUGCACAUCUGUGUGUUUUCACAGUCCCUAAUGUGUGUAAAUGGAUGGUUUCAUCACAGGUGCAGGCCACUGCCCAGCCUAUCAAAGUUCCUCAGUUUAUCCCUCCACCUAGACUGAUGCCUCGACCUACCUUUCUACCGCAGGUUCGUCCACAUGGAUCUCCCCACCCCUCACCCUCUCUCCAGUAACACUAACAGGGGGCGUUUGGAUUGGAUAUCAGUCCUAGAAUGAUAAGCUUCUAAGCUUUAAUUCAUUAGCUAUCAUCUGACAUCAUAUAACAUCAAAUGUACUCAAUUUGAGGCAGUUUGAUUAGAUAGCCUACCACAAUGGUUUUCUAUUCAGAGGUCUGAAUAGGAAUUCUACUGGAGGGGACUGGUGGAGCAAGUUAUUUUAAUUUGUUGUGUUUGUCUUGUGUCCUUAUGUGAUGUGUGUUCAUAUGCUUUUUGUUCAGGACAGAAGGCUUGGCCCAAGACCUGUUUCAGUGGCAUUUUCGUAACCCCUUGCUAACUACCUGGCUUCUAUGUCAGCAGUGUUGUUCCUUACCACGUGCUUUGGCUGUUCCUUCAAUCUACCUGCCCAGUGCCAACCCACCUCCUGCUAACCUUUGCUGUGAAUGUGGCAUGCUCUCUGUUGUUUCUGCUUUGUGUGUUGAUUACAGAGGGUUAAUGACAAAGCUGUGUAAUUGAUAUGCACUUUUCUUGCUGUUUAAAAGACAUUGGCCCUUACAUACUGUAUACUCACUAUCUUCCUCUCUAUAUUGUGGACCAGGUUCGACCUAAACCAGCCACACCUACACCCACUUCCACGGUGCCCAUCGCCCCUGCGCCCCCUCCUCCCAUGCUGGCUGCCCCCCAGCUCCUCCAGCGGCCGGUCAUGUUGACCACCAAGCUGACCUCCACCUCACUGGCCUCCACCACCGGGCCCAUCCACCAGGUACGCAUCGUAAACGGCCAGCCCUGCGCCAGCAUCACCAAGACCCUGCCAUCUGCCCAGCUGACUGGCAUCGUCAUCACCUCGCCAGCCACCGUUACGGCCACCACCCCCCUGGCAACACAUCAGACCCUUCAGAUCAGAAGCCUCAGCCCUGACACCAAGGUGAGAGCAAGGGGAACGGAGAGGGGGCAGGCGAACUUGAUUUGUCUAAAUUACAUUAAUCUCAAAGGACCCAAUCAAAUUAAAUCUAUUAGCUUCCAGCUAAUAUUUUGAGUAGGGCCUUCAGUAGUAGAAUUACCAUUUUCAUUGCUGUUAAACCAAGAAGCACCCUGCUGUUAGCCUUGCUAUUUUUGGUUCAUCACAGGCUUCUUACUUAACUCAAUUUGGUCUGCAUAGACACCCUGCUUUGUUGAUGUGCAUGGAUAGGUACUUGAGCGGCUGCCACAACUCUAUUCCAGAGUGAAUUCUUAGAUACAGUGAAUAUUGGAAGACCUCUCAAUAACAUUAAUGAAUGGAAAGUCCUCCACCUCCAUAAGCCAGGUCAUCACCACCCUCUGUUCUGGUUUGCUGUGUGUGAAAAUGUGUGUUUUUCCCGUUGAGAGAGGUCUCUAAUGAAGGGGCGUAGCACCCACCAUGGAGGGACUGUGGCUCUUGAAAUGUGUGGCUAACUCUGUUACUUCUGUCCUCCAGACUGUUAAAGCUCGGGGUGUUACAGAGCCGAAGACAUCGGCCAGUGCGCCCUCCUCCCCCUUACACACCGCUAGAGGCACCCCUCCACCCCUGCUGAGGAACAAGAGAGAGGACAACCCCCAGGUGGGCCUAUACUCUAUACACAGAUGCAAUGAAAACAGGACAAGAAUAGUAUAUGGUCAGCUUUGUUUCUGACACGUUUAAUAAAAAUGUGAUUUCUUGUUCUCUCCCACAGAAACUUGCCUUCAUGGUGUCCUUGGGACUUGUGACAUAUGACCAUCUGGAAGGUUGGAAGACCCAAAUGGAGCUUUGCUUUUUCAUAGCACCCCCACCCUGUUCUGUAUACAUUUUCACAAUAAUGUAUGCACUUGCGUGAAGACAAUGUAACAUCAGAUAUGUCCAUAGUGUUAUACUGACCUGGUCUAUUCGAUACCUGUGCAGAGAUCCAGAGUCGGAGGCAGGAGCGCAAGAGGAGAACGACAGCGAACCCAGUGUACAGUGGAGCAGUGUUUGAGCCUGAGGUACAGUAUAUAGGCCACUAAGGUUAUUAUUAUGGCAUUAUGAUGAUACUGUCAGGGUUGGGGUCAAUUCCAUUUAAAUUCCAGUCAAUUCAGGAAGUACAUUAAAAUUAAAAUUCUCUUCAAUGGGGAAAAUUUGGAAUUGGAAUUUGGUUUACUUUCUGAAUUGACUGGAAUUUAAAUGGAACCGACCCCAUUCUACUGUACCCAUUUAACUCUGCUGUGAGAGAACCCUACCUAAGUAGUAAAUAAAACGUAUAUUUACAGCGUAAGAAGAACGGCGUCACAUACCUGAACACUCCUCUACACCAAGGCACCAGGAAGAGAGGUCAGUAUGAAUUCUCCUGUCAGGUUAUGGAAACACCUAGCUGCUCAGGGUUGUGUGGAGUGUCACACCUUGUAACCUUGUUAACACCACCGUGUCAAUUGGACCGCACCCCUGCCUCCCAAAUACCAGCAGGAAGGCUAUGCUGUCAUAUCUCAUAACUGUGGAGACUAGUAUACAUUAUUUUGUUGUACUGUGAUACUGUCCCAUCACAGACUUACUGUAGUAGCUCUGUUGGUUGUGCUGUCAUGCUAAUGCAAUGUAGCUGGCUCUUUCCUUGCCUUGCAUUUCCUGCUUUAAUGCCGCUUGACUCUGUGAUUUUUCCCUGUCAGUAAUUAAUGCUACUUAACCAGCUCUCUUUGCCCUCUCAGUAAGAUGCCUUCCCACCCUGCUCUGAAUGUAUUGUUGAGGAUGGCUUCAUAGUUCUGUGGUCCUCUGUAGCUCAGCUGGUAGAGCACGGCGCUUGUAACGCCAAGGUAGUGGGUUCGAUCCCCGGGACCACCCAUACACAAAUAAAAAUGUAUGCACGCAUGACUGUAAGUCGCUUUGGAUAAAAGCGUCUGCUAAAUGGCAUAUUAUAUUAUUAUAUUAUUCUGCCUGUACUGUAUGUGCUCACCCCAGGACUCUACCAAGCAAAACCCCAUGUGGAUUUGAGCCAUGUCUCUGUCUGAAUGCUAUGUGUAUGGCAUUAGCCUGGGUACCAGUCUGAGUUAUCAUUCCACUCCUUGUCAUGUUUAGCAUGACACGGAGUAUAUGGAGUGGAAUGUCAACAAAACAGGUUCUGGAUUUCAGGCUAGUAUGGCAUGCCAAGCCAAGUCAGACAUCACUGCUAAUUUGUUUGUAACAUACUUAAGAGGCCUGUUAUGUAACAGAUUUAGUGGUACACUGCAGUUCUAUGGGUAGAACAUUUAGGAUAAUUAAUCCUCAUAUGAACCAAGCAUUUGCUUCCCACGUUCUGACUGACAAUGUUGAAUGUAGCUGUAUUUGACCUAUUGUUUCAUAUAGUACAUUGAAAUAAUAUUGAUAUUAGCUGAUAUUAGAUUUUACAUUUGUUUCAACAAAGUUUUGCUCUGCGGGUCGAUACGAUGUGGCUUAUAUCUUGCUUUGACCUGGUUUGUUCUCAGAACUACUGUCUAAUUAACUGUCAGCUUUGCCCAGCUCACCCUUCCUCUUGACCCGACUUCACGCUGUUCCCCCUCGCUGUGUACUAACGCUUCUGUCUGUGCUCCUCCUCUUCCUCUUCCUUAUGCGCUAGCCAAUGAGGACCCCUUGUCACAGGUAUGUCAUGAGAAUGUUUUUUUAUUUUGUUCUCCCAUUUUCCUUUCUUUUGUUUUUGUUUUGUUUUGUCGUGUCUCAUCUCACCCAGGUCGCCCACCCAAAUACAGCAGUGUUCCUGAGCUGGGUCUUCACACCCCAACAUCCCCCACCAGCAGUCAUUCCGCCUCCCCGGCCCACCAUCGGCCAGAGAGGGGGGGCUCUCACUUCCCCGUCCACCCCCACACCCUCCCUCUGCCUAGCCCCAGCUCCGGGGAUGUAAGUAGCUGAUGGAGAGCCCACUGCACCUACCAGGACUAGAGGAAGCCUCCCCCCAAAUCCCCCCUCAGUGGUAUCUCCCUGAGGUUCCUAUGGUUUCAGGACAGACCAUACCUCGUUACAACAUGAAACCUUCCACAUCCAUUCACUUUUACACCCUACAUGCCAUUACAUCCAUCAUUCAUUUAUGUGUGACAAUCUAUGUGUGUCCUGGUGUCCAUAACCUUACAAAGUGAAAAGUCCCUCCUUUGGCUGAGGAUGUUUGGAUCAACGCAUCACACGUCAGUGUUGUUGACAGUGGUGUUUGGGGUUUGGUAGGGUACCUUGACCAGCAACAUUACUCGCGGUCAUCCAGUGAAAACUGUGGAGUGUGAACAACACCCAGUGCCCACAAAUACAAUUACAAUGUGGACAGUUUGAAAGCACAGUCAGAUUGGACAGGUGUCAUUCAGUGAAGUUCGACUCCCUCUCCUCUAGUCCCACAUAUCCAGGUAUGAUCGGUUGGGCGUAGUGGCCACAAUACUGAUUGAUGCAAUUCUUCCUGACAGGGAGACAUCCAUGAGGACUUCUGCACUGUGUGCAGGCGCAGUGGUCAGUUGCUCAUGUGUGACACAUGUGCACGUGUUUACCAUCUGGACUGCCUCGCUCCACCCUUGAAAACCAUUCCCAGGGGCAUGUGGAUCUGCCCCAAAUGUCACGACCAGGUAACAGCAGCAUCUGUCCCUGAAGUCUCAGCCACUUAGAAGCUCCCCCAGCAGUUCCCAGGCUGGUUGUAAACUAAAUGCAGCUAAAACAAGCUCCUGCUGAGCCACAGACACCCCUGUUUAUCCAAGGCAGUUUGUAAGAGUGAGAUAUUAGAAGGUGAAUCCUCAGUGAGAACUACUCAUGCCACCUUGUCCUAGUGCUCUCAGGAAUCUCAGAGCUUGUCUUAUUGUAGGGUGUCUGAGCAAUAAGACUGUUCCUAGCUUUGUAAGUUCUCCCAACAAAGUUUUUGAACAGGCAUGAGAAAGCGCCAUGCAUUUCAUUUCAUUAUUUGUACAAAAUGCUUCUUGCACUGUCAUCUUUUUUUUAAUUUUUUAUCUUGUCUGUCUGAUCUCUGAAAGAUUUGUGUGAUGUGGAAGUUCUCCACAGGGGCCCUGUAUGUGUCCCUGGGCUUUUGGUAGCUUGGUUGAAAGGGAAGACGUGUUAUGUUGAUGUCCCUCUGUGUAAUGAUUCCAUAACAUACAGUAUGAUAACCUACAGUAACCAAUAAUCAUUUGAUUCAUGGCCUUGUCUCUCUGUCCUAAAAUCCAUGACAACAACGUUCAGAGCCAUGAUUGUAUAAACAUCUAAAAGUUGGUGAAGAAAUCAGGCAACAAAGAUGAGCAAUAAUGACUGUAUAAAAUAAAUAAUUGAAAUACUGAGCUAUAUUUUAUGCAAAAAGAAAUUGGGAAAGUAUAUUAUUUUAUACUAAUACAAUUGUUUAGAGAAAGAUUUUGUUUAACAAGUAAUAAUGUUUUCUCUCAAAAAGGUAGCCGUCAGAAUUAUUGACACCCAUAAAUACUCGUAUAAUUAAAGUCGUCAAAAGGUUAGUAUUUGGUCCCAUAUUCAUAGCACACAAUGACUACAUUGCUGGAUGCAUUUGCAGUUAAUUUGAUUGUGUUUCAGAUUAUUUUGUGCCAAAUACAAAUGAAUGGUAAAUAAUGUAUUGUGUCAUUUUGGAGUCACUUUUAUUGCAAAUAACAAUAGAAUAUGUUUCUAAACACUUUUACAUUAAUGUGGAUGCUACUGUGAAUAAUGAUGAGUCCUGCUUCAGUUCCGAGGGUCAGAGGUCAUGCCCCAAAGACAUGCUUUCACCAUUACCAAUAACGGGAGGUUAGCGUGUGUUGGGGGUAUAAUCUUUGACCCUCUGUAACUUUCUCACUCAUCAUUAUUCACGAUUCAUUCAGGAUUAUCCGUAAUCAUGGUAGCAUCCACAUUAAUGUAGAAGUGUUUAGAAACAUAUUUUUGUUCUUAUUUACAAUAAAAGUGACUUCAAAAUGACACAAUACAUUAUUUACCAUUAAUUUCUAUUGGGCACAAAAUAAUCUGAAACAACCAAAACUAACUGCAAAUGCAUCCAACAUGUUUGUAGAAUCACAUAUGCUAGUAAUAUGGGACCAAAUACUAAACCUUUGACUACUUUAUUUAUAAGAAUCUUUAGGAGUGUCAAUAAUUUUGACCGCUACCUUUUUGAGAGAAAGAAAGUAUUACUUGUUAAACAAAAUCUCUUUCUCUGAGCAAUUUUAUUCGUAUAACAUAAUAUCAUUUCCAAAAAAAAAUCUUGUGCAAGUUCUCCCACUUAAAAAGAUGAGAGAGGCCUGUAAUUUUCAUCAUAGGUACACGUCAACUAUGACAGACAAAAUCAGGAAAAAAAAUCCAGAAAAUCACAUUGUAGGAUUUUUAAUGAAUUUAUUUGCAAAUUAUGGUGGAAAAUAAGUAUUUGGUCAAUAACAAAAGUUUCUCAAUACUUUGUUAUAUACCCUUUGUUGGCAAUGACACAGGUCAAACGUUUUCUGUAAGUCUUCACAAGGUUUUCACACACUGUUGCUGGUAUUUUGGCCCAUUCCUCCGUGCAGAUCUCCUCUACAGCAGUGAUGUUUUGGGGCUGUGGCUGGGCAACACUGACUUUCAACUCCCUCCAAAGAUUUUCUAUGGGGUUGAGAUCUGGAGACUGGCUAGGCCACUCCAGGACCUUGAAAUGCUUCUUACGAAGCCACUCCUUCGUUGCCCGGGCGGUGUGUUUGGGAUCAUUGUCAUGCUGAAAGACCCAGCCACGUUUCAUCUUCAAUGCCCUUGCUGAUGGAAGGAGGUUUUCACUCAAAAUCUCACGAUACAUGGCCCCAUUCAUUAUUUUCUUUACACGGAUCAGUCGUCCUGGUACCUUUGCAGAAAAACAGCCCCAAAGCAUGAUGUUUCCACUCCCAUGCUUCACAGUAGGUAUGGUGUUCUUUGGAUGCAACUCGGCAUUCUUUGUCCUCCAAACACGACGAGUUGAGUUUUUACCAAAAAGUUCUAUUUUGGUUUCAUCUGACCAUAUGACAUUCUCCCAAUCCUCUUCUGGAUCAUCCAAAUGCACUCUAGCAAACUUCAGACGGGCCUGGACAUGUACUGGCUUAAGCAGGGGGACACGUCUAGCACUGCAGGAUUUGAGUCCCUGGUGGCGUAGUGUGUUACUGAUGGUAGGCUUUGUUACUUUGGUCCCAGCUCUCUGCAGGUCAUUCACUAGGUCCCCCGUGUGGUUCUGGGAUUUUUGCUCACCGUUCUUGUGAUCAUUUUGACUCCACGGGGUGAGAUCUUGCGUGGAGCCCCAGAUCGAGGGAGAUUAUCAGUGGUCUUGUAUGUCUUCCAUUUCCUAAUAAUUGCUCCCACAGUUGAUUUCUUCAAACCAAGCUGCUUACCUAUUGCAGAUUCAGUCUUCCCAGCCUGGUGCAGGUCUACAAUUUUGUUUCUGGUGUCCUUUGACAGCUCUUUGGUCUUGGCCAUAGUGGAGUUUGGAGUGUGACUGUUUGAGGUUGUGAACAGGUGUCUUUUAUACUGAUAACAAGUUCAAACAGUUGCCAUUAAUACAGGUAACGAGUUGAGGACAGAGGAGCCUCUUAAAGAAGAAGUUACAGGUCUGUGAGGGCCAGGAAUCUUGCUUGUUUGUAGGUGACCAAAUACUUAUUUUCCACCAUAAUUUGCAAAGAAAUUCAUUAAAAAUCCUACAAUGUAAUUUUCUGGAUUUUUUUUUCUCAAUUUGUCUGUCAUAGUUGACGUGUACCUAUGAUGAAAAUUACAGGCCUCUCUCAUCUUUUUAAGUGGGAGAACUUGCACAAUUGGUGGCUGACUAAAUACUUUUUUUCCCCACUGUAGCUCAGUAUUUAAAUUAUACUGUAUAUCUCCGCUCUCCUGUCUCCACCAAAAACUACUGAAACAUAAUGGAUGGUUGAAUGGUUAUUACAACAAUACAAAAAAGAAGCAGAACUAAUCCUAUUGUUGACAGGAUUUAAAUGUUUUCCCUUUUCUUCUUUAGAUUUUGAUGAAAGAUGAGGCAAUCCCAUGGCCUGGAACCCUCGCUAUCGUUCAUUCCUACAUUGCAUAUAAAGCAGGUACAGAAGAAGACAGUUAUUAAAAGAGCUACCUCAAAUGAAUUUGUAUGAAUAUAAUUAACACAGCGUUGACUGUAAUGGUUUCUCUGUCUUCUGGCUGACAGCUAAAGAGGAGGAGAAGCAGAAACUGGUGAAGUGGAGCUCGGAACUGAAGCAGGACAGAGAACAGCUAGAACAAAGGGUCAAACAGCUGAGCCAAUCCAUAACGGUAAGCAUCACACUGCAUGACACUGAUGCUAACACUGAAGUCAUGUGAAGUCAUCUCAGAACAGUACAUUAACUGGAUGGUUAAUUACUAAUAGGUCUGUCCCUAUUUCCCUCUAAAGAAAUGCAUGGAGAACAAGAACACUAUCCUGGCCCGUCAGAGGGACAUGCACAACUCCCUGGAGAAGGUCAAGGGCCUGGUGCAUCUCAUUCAGGGCAUGAACUUCUGCCCAUCCCCUGAGGCCUCACCGCCACCGCCAGCGGUCCAGACCAGCAUCACAAAUGGAGGAACAGACUGUGCCAGUGCUGACCACACGGACGACACAAGUCCUGAGGAUCACAAGAACAUAAGUAACAAUAGUAGGGAUGACCUGAACAACAACACAGACGGGGCGGCAGAGGAGGAUGAGAAAGAGGAAGUUAAAGAGAUUGACAACCUCAACAGCAGCAGCCUCGGCAAAACCUUAGCGCCUCCCCAGACUAUUGCACCGGCCCCUGUGGAUGUAGCAGAGGGGCCAAAUAACACCCACCCACCCAGUCCAGAGACAGGAACCCCCAAAUAUGGAGAGAGGGAAAGAAAAAGAUAAAGCAUCCCAUGAAGUUGCCCAAAGUUGCCAAUGGAUUAACACACGCCAACAUAUAUAUUUUUGGGUCGUUGUUAUUGUAGUUGUGUAUUAUUGGAUUGUCUGAGAGGACAUACAUUAUGAGUAUCUGAUCGAGAAAUGGAAAGGGACGAAGGAGGGUGAUUUAUGUACCAGUGGUAUGCCAAUCGAGGUCAAAGAUUAUUAUUCAAGUCUGAUGAUAUUGACACUCUUACUAAUAAUAACGAUAUUGUUAAUAGUAAUAAACAUCACACCAAUGUGUGCCUCCAAUAGUCGCCAUAGCGCCUCUUUGUGGGGAUGGUUUCUUAGGGUGUCUUAAUCUGCAGCUUCAGGGGAGAUGGAUCCGAGAUGUCCAAAGACAAGACCUGCCUGCUCGCCUGAAGAUCCACCACAUACACCACACCAGAAACAAUUGGAUCAACCAAAACACCAUAGCAGCCAUUUGGAAUUUAAAAACGACCAGGGGACAAGGUUUUGUUUGCUGCAGUAUUUGUCAACAGUGAAAAUCACUGAAGUAUUGCCUGAGGGAUAUGAUUUGUCCCAAAUCACACUUUUUGUCUUAAAGGAGCUCCAGCCCACCUCCAUCCAUGUAUCCCACCUGCCCCAUUACAACCACCAAAACCCCUGACAAUACAGCUUAAAGUAACAUCACAGGACAGAUGAUGGAUCAGCAUAGGUCAGCCUCACGUUCAAGUUGUAUCCACUGUCACCUCAGUGCUGCCCAACAGACAGCUGGACAGACCGACUACAGUGGGAGGAGCUCAGCAUUCAGCUUAAGAUCCGUGGUCUUCAGCCGCAUCACAUGGACUCAUUGCAUGCUUCAUUGACGACGGAGAUGUUUUUCUUUUCAAUGUAACCUUAUCAUGACUUGUGUUGCAUUGUCCAUUGUUGCUGAACUUAGCAUUCCUUUUUGCUUGUUGAGAAUAUGAUUGACCCAUUUUUGGAGUGAUACAUUGGGAGACAUAAAAAGAAAGCUGCUGCAUCAAUAUUCCAUUUGAAUGAUAGAGUCCAUGUGAAUGCAGCUCUAGGCAUGCAUGGGGACUUUGCAACUAUCAGUUCAGAUAUUGUCUGAGAGGUUUUUUGUGUCCGUUUGUCAUGCCCCUGGGAUCUGUUGCUAAAGGAAACUAACAAUUUAUUCUGGGGGGAUCUAUUUGUAUUCAGGUCUUCCUAGUUUUCAAAUAUCAAGAUAUGCUUCUUCAAAAGUGCUUUUCUGUUUCGCAUUACUUUGGUUUCUUAUAAAAUAUAUUAGAACUGGAAAAUAAUAUGUAAAUAGCUUUGUUUUUUUAGAUGUUCCUUGCAAUUGAAUUAUCAUUCAAUAUGCUGAAUUCAUAACUGCCAAAUGCUAUUGUAUCCAAAUACAGCAGGGAAACAGUCCUAUUUUCUUAUAUAAUGUUUUUAAGGUUUCAAUUAGGAGUCCCCAUAGAUGGGCACAAAUUUUGCAUGGCCGUUACAUACAAACAAAAGAGAGUGUGGCAAUGACAUUGUUCCAAAUGUUGUUUGGAAAAACUGCCAGGAGCCCUAUAGGAAAAGCACAAGCUUGUUGGCAAAAAAAACUGGAACCGAACCACAUACACCCGUCCUGCCAUAAACAUGUCUAAAGUAAAUUUGAACAUUUUAAUGAUUAUAUUUUACACCACAACACUGACAAGUCACCUUUCAUUUUACACAUUGUUUACCCUUUUGUACAGUACGUGUAGCUUUUAUUUAUAACCUGCCAUUUUACAUGAUUAAGUCCUUAGAGUUGCAAUGAAAUGUAGAUAUAUUAGUUGUGAAACACUUGAGAAAUUAGGGACAUUAAAUGGAAAUUAAGGAAUAGGUUGCCAGUAAACAUAUAAUUUCAUUUCACCUACUUGCUGUACUACACCAUAUGGUAUGGGUUCCCCUGGGGUACCUUUUCUAGAGAGUUUGAAGGCGUUUACAAGGCCCUAUAUAUUUUCUCUGACAUGAAAUGCACCCAACCAUGGCAAUGUUUUAGACAGAUUUAAGUUUUUCAAAAUAAAAAAUCAUAAUAAUGCAAUUAACUGGAAAGCACAAGGGAAGAUGCAAAGCGGUUUUAAUCUAUAGCCAGAUCAAGAGGAAAGCAUUAGUUAAAGAAUAAGUGAUGGCCCAGUCCAGUGUCUUGUGUGGAUGGCCUGCAGUACUUGUCAUUGUAUAGCAAUUGCCUUAAGAAAUUCUUGCUCCUCGUGAACAAACUGUGUUCGGUGUAUUGUUGGUCUUAUUUGAGUGUCUCAAAAAAAUUCAGUGAAUUAUGGAAAUAUUGUCUAUUUGUGAUGUACCAUUUCAGGAAAUCGACUUUUCUUUGCACAGAACUGAAAUGAUUGGCUAAAAUUGGAAUCUAUUGUUUUCACAAGGGGUCAGUUGCUCUGAGUCAUCAUGUAAGAGAGUUCUGAUUAGUUUUGACUUGACUUGCCAGUGUAUGAAAAAUAAGGAUUGUGAUUUGAACUACUAUUUGAGUUUUCCCUCCACCAAGUCCCUCAAAUACAAGUAAUUAGCUAAUAUUAUAAUGCACCUUUGGUUGAACACUCAACAGUGUUAUAUCAUUUAGUUCUCUCCUGAUUGUACAUUUGCCAUCUUCACAGAGCAAGAUGCAAAUUAUAAAAGUGGCAGCAGUGAUGACACUUUUUUUUUAUGGUGCAGAAGCUUAGAAAAUGUAGCUCUCAGUGCCUCAAUAAUGCAAUAGAAAUAAUAAGGAUCUCAGCAAAUACUCUCCCUAUCUUUGCUCAGCAUGGUGAGCCAAAAAAAACAACUACUACAGUUGUCAAAACCUCAACAAAUCUAUGCCUACAUAUGCAAAUAGAUUGUAUGGACAUGAUUAUACUUAGAAAAACCAUUCCAUUUAGAACUGAAUUUAACCUUUCCAACCUUGGUAACACUUUACUUUAAGGUACCUUUCAUAAAAUAGUUAUAAGUAGUUUAUAGACUGUUAUUUAGUAGUUUACAGAUUUUAGUUUAAAACCCAUAACUAAUAAGUAACACUUUAUAGACCAGUGAUGAAGGGUAUAGGCUACCUUAAUGUAAAGUGUUACAGCAGCAUAUUGAAAACUACAGCUGUACCAUUAAAUGUUUCAUAUACUGUAUACGUACCCCAAUGACUCGUGUAGGAAAUGAAAUAUUAUUCUCAAUUAGUGACUUUUAUUGGAUCAUAACUUUGAAGGCAAAGUGCUGAAUAUUAUGGGUGUAAUUGUUUGUAUUUUCUGAUAUAGGGAGGAAAAUAG